UCACAGUGUGAAUCGGGAGAGCGUGGACGUAGUUACGACGUGCCCCUCUUCAGCUGGUGAAUAACUAUCGACUCUGCAGUGCAUUGCUGUAUAGCGCUCAGUACAGUCGGUCUGCACAGGGACGAGGCAUGCACGCACCAGCGACCUGCCAAAGCGACGCAUCUUACUCUCAAAAGGUCCUGAAAGCAACACGCAGCAAAGAGCACGGAAAUUCACCGCGGACUCAUUGAUACAUAAUUGCCAGUGGAUUUACAAUGAGCAUUUCGUUCUUUUUCCCCCCACUUUGCAGUAUCCACUUAAUUUAGGCCAUUUGUUUAUGACACAAAAGGAAACCGACGCAAGAUGGGUAGCUUAUCUUUGUUGAUCUUGUUUGGAGUGGUGGGGGUAUUGGGCGCAUCGAAGACGGAGCAGGCAGUGCCCUGCAAGUCAGGUGAGUUCACCAAGAGUGGAGAGUGCUGUCAGGAGUGUCCGCCUGGAGAAGGGGUGGAGACCAAGUGUGGCGCCGCACAGACCGUCUGCUCUCAGUGCCUGGAUAGUGAGACCUACUCGGAGAGCUACAGCCACACGGAGACCUGCCGUGCCUGCACCAUGUGCACGGGCCUGAUGCGCAUGAAGACGCCCUGCACCGACUCCAACGAUGCCAUCUGCGUGUGCAACUACAACUUCUACCUCGGCGAGAUAUCGGGCACCUGCGAGCCCUGCACGCUGUGCCCCGCCGGCAAGGGCGUGCUGUCGCACUGCGACCACGACCGCGACACGGUGUGCGAGGAGUGCGUGGAUGACACCUACUCCGACCGGGACAGCUCCCUGGACCCGUGCCUGCCCUGCACCAUCUGCGACGACGGCGUUGAGGUGGAGCUGAGCGCCUGCACGCCCUUCAGCGACUCCGUCUGCCACAAUCCUUUCCUCUCGUCCUCCAUGUCUCCCACUACUCCCCUGGACCCGUCUCCUCCCUCAAUCACAGACGGCCUCCUGCCAGAUGGCUCCAGUAGCCCGUCCCCGGGGGCAGAGACCACCACGGCCCGGCCCGGCUACCCUCGCUUCAUCGAACAGGGCUUCAACGAGAACCUCAUCCCCAUUUACUGCUCCAUCCUGGCUGCUGUGGUAGUGGGACUGGUGGCGUACAUCGUCUUCAAAAGGUGGAACAGCUGUAAGCAGAAUAAACAGCCGGCUAACAACCGCCAAGCCGCAGCAGCCAACCAGACGGUGACGCCGGAGGGGGAGAAGCUCCACAGCGACAGCGGCAUCUCUGUGGACAGCCAGAGUCUCCAAGAGCAGCAGCAUGCAGCACAAGCCCAGGUCCAGACCCAGCCACUACAACAACCAGCCCACCCCUAUGGACAGGAACAGAUUGUGGUGAGGGUGGAUGAGGGUCCUGACUCACCUUUGCCCCAGGUCUGAGGAAGAGGAGAAGCCGCUGACAGGAAGAUGGAAGGGGUGGAGGAGUGAGCUGAUCAUAGGGUUGACAUGGAAACCUGGGGGUGGGAUUGGAAUUCGAGGUGUACUUGCUGAGUUAGUUGCUUGGACACGACAAGGACAUGGUGGACAUUAUCAGCCCCUGUCACUGAGUGUGUGCACCGCUGCUGGACUCUCCUCUUGCCCCGAUGACUUUUAUUAAACAGACCGGCGCAUCAGGGGAGGACGCCAUAUCCCGACACAGAACCUGACAUUGCCAGUGUGUCUUUGACACGAUAAUCCUCCACCGUUAUUAACCCUAAAGCAAACCCUCGGACUCAAGUCUUCAAUGUUGCGGAAAUCAACACCGCCCACAAUCCAUGAAAUCCCUGUGUGUCCUGAUCCCUGUGUCCUGUCAGCUGGUGUUGACUGAUCAGUUUUAUUCGGAUGAAAUGUGUUUUAGUUGGUUACCUCAUUAGGGAAUUAACUCUUCUGUCCCCAUAAGUUCACUGCCAACUUUGACUUCUUGCUGAGCUUGUUAUUCAUCUACCACCCAUCUCUCACUCAUCCCUCACCGAAUGUUUGUUCAAAGGCAGAAGCAUUCUUGGUCCCCUCUGUUUCCAUCUGCGCUCUCUCUCUCUCUUAGAAUGUCCUCAUGGCAUCUCUCCAUUGGUACCUAUCGUAGUGUGGCCUCCGGACGAUGCUCAGCGCCUCAGUUGCACCUCCAGAAAGUCUCCCCAGACCUCAGCAGCAGCCAGUUCCCAUAUUCAGGGAUCCAUUGUUAUCCCUUCAACACUGCUCUCUGAGGGAACUGUUAAUCACUCAUCAUUCCUGUUCCUCCUGUCCUUGUAGAACUGACCACAGACCAACGUAUAUAGGGACCGGGAUGUUUGUGUUGUUGCUAAACUGUUGCUACCUUCUCCAGUUGUCACUGGCUGUGGAGGUGACUGAAAAUCGCCGGGCUAAUCAUCGUUCUGUCACUGCGGCUUGAUACACCAUCCAUCCUCCAACUUCAGAUACAUUUUGACCCUUUCUCUUCAUCCAACAUGGACAUCCAGGAUGCCGUUGGAAGAUUGAUGUUUUCAAUGUAACAGUGUAGAUGUUUCUCUCGUGUGCAUUUGAGGUGGAUCAGCAUCUCCCUCAAGGCUCCGCAAAGCUUACUCAGCAGGACAGCCCCGUAGCCCAAGGAGCUGUAGUAUGCAAUACGAGAAGCACCCUGAGACGACUGAAAAUCACUGACUCAUUGAACACAUCGUAAAGACGCGCAGUCUUCCGACUGCCAUAAAUAGAACCGUGACGUCAUCAGAGAGAGACUCUGCAGUAUCAGCUUUAGAGCUUGUUCCAGCGGAGCCUGCCGAUAGUUUGCUAGAAAUGAUAUCCAGAGCUCUAAAUAUACUGUGUGGUAGGGUAUGCCCAAGGCACUCCUCAAUCACACAUUAACCUAAUGUGAGUGGAAACAUGCAACACUCCUCAGAGACUUCCGACUCACAGAAACACACACAAACUAAAGAGUGUGCAGUGGUCCUAAUGCGUCGGCUGUAGUACAGUAAGCUGGAGGCACGGUGUGAACACGACCUCCAUCAUGGAGACUUUCCUGACAGCCAGGUAGUAAUUACCUCAGGGUUUCAGCAGGCUCAUUCAGCUUCACUCAGUCAGCCGGUCCCACAAGGACUCUUCCGUGGCACAGCGGAGACGUACGGAACGCUUUUAAAGUGGCAACCGCGUGACAUUACCAUGACCCACUCCUGAUCUGUCUGCACGAGCGGCGCCGUUUGACUGUGUCGCCGCGGUGAUCUAAAGCACGUGUACGCCCCUGGGCCAGCUCUCCCUGACCACAUGUAUACUGUAUGUGAUGUACUGUAAGUAUGGCCUCAACUCACCAGGGACCCCUUUUUGUAUCUAUCUGUAAUGGCACUCAGCAUACUGAACAUGCGGUAGGAAUUAGAUGUAGGGAAUGCAGCUUAGGCUUACUUUUACUGUACUGCUUUGCCUCUGUGGGACAUGAUCAUUAAGGCUCCCUCCACUGUGGGGACCUUGACGCUUGAAUUUAGACGUAAGCCGAUAGCAAAGGAAACAUCUAGAGAUACCUUUGUGUGUGCGUGUGUGUGUGCAUGAGAGAAAGACAGACAGAGUGCCUGUGAGAGACUGUGACAUAUCAGAGAUGGUUCAGUUCCUCACAAGCGUUGUGAGUUUUGGAGGCUUAAAUGUGUUCCAUAUCACUGAAUAGAAAACACCAAUAAACCCGGCAGUAUAUUUCCCCUGGAGGCCCCCCUCUGCCUCGGUCAUAUCCAGUGGCGUGACACACAGCAUUUCGUAUUGACAGCGCUGUGAUUCAUACAGCUCUACCAUAGUAGUCGGACCAGAAAGCAGGAUAAUACCACCCACUGACAUGAGGUAAUGUUAACAAUGACAGGUGAAUAACUCAACCUUUCGCUGUCACUGGCUGCCUCAAUGUAACACUGUGCCGUUUCACAUUCGAAAUGGAGGGGUCAAUAGUGAAUCUAUAGUUGGACUCGAACUGAUGUUGUUCCUUCACAUGCAGGUACAGUAAAGAAAGACAAUAUAAGAAUGUAAAGCUGAAUACAUAAAUAUGCAAAACAUUAAAUGCUUGAGUUGAUUUCUGCUUUUUAAUUUUUGUAUGUUUUAUAUAUUGGUUUGUAUUGUUUCUGUUAGGGUUAUUAUUCUCUUUUUUUAUCAAUAUUCUUUGUAAAGAAUUUCUUGUUUUAGCACUUACUACAAGUGAUGAGCAUAUUCAUAGAGUGUGCUAUACAAGUGCCUGCACCGUAAAACCAUGAAACAUGAGACACAUUAUAAACUAAACAUUAGGCAUUUAGAUAUGCCAAAUAUGUGUUCACACGUUAAACACAGACUUUUAUUAUAAUGAUCUGUUUCCAUUCAGUUUCCAUGCAGCACACCUUUAUCUCCUGAGCAUUCAGAUAUUACACAUAAGUGUUUACUUUGCCAUAUUCCUGUUUAGAAUGCAUUUAAAAAAUACAUGGGAGUGGCCUUAUUUACAUAAUCCCGGCAUGCUUUGUUGCAGGUUGAUUUUUAGAAUUUGUUUCAUAUAUCUAUGUUUCCUUAUACACAUGAAUUAAUUCAAAUGAAAUAUGUUAAUUUCAUUAAAAUUGAAUUACAUUUUAUUUGUCAUAUGCUUCAGUGACAACAGCUGUAGACUCAAAUUAAGCAAGCAUUUCUCUGUUAGUCUGCUCUUGGAAGCAUGUAACAAAUGUGAUUGGAUUUGAUCACAUACAAAGAAAAUGAAAACAAAUCUUAACUUGUCCAGUUGUUAAGGGCUUGUAUGGCACCUGCCACUGAAAUGGAUGUUCCAGUUUAAAUGGUUUAAAGUAGACUUGCUUGCUAAGAUCAUCACAGCAGUCAUGUUGAAUGCAACUUAUUGGUGAUAUCCUAACUCUGGCUAGAUUAGGAAAGGAAUGACUAAUCACUUCAGAAACCACCAUAUUUGUCUGAUGCUGCUCAUUAGCCAGAAGCAGACCACAAUGUUAAUACAAGUAGGAUCUCUAAAAACAUUUUGACAUGUGUAAUAUACAAUCAUACAUAUAUUCCCAAAUAAAAUACAUUCACAUAGGCAGUGAUUAGGUGUAGUGUUGAUGAAAAUAAGUUACUGAAGUAUAAAACCAUGUUUAUCCCAAAAACACCGUGAUGUGUGAUCAAAAAGCAUGCUGGUAAAUAUGCAAAUAUGGCAAUACUCCCAGCCAGUGUUGAGUGUGUUGAACCUAAGCCUUGUUUAAAAUAAUUUUUAGAGGGAAUAUAAAUGUGCUGGUGUUUACAAUCUAAACACUGUGUUGCAUCAUUGAAAUCCCAAAUGCCUUGACGUGUUUAAGAAGUUGAGAAAUGUGUAACGUCUUUAGAUAUGUGCUCAGAUCAGUUUUGCAGUGUUGCAGCGUCAGGUCAUGAUGUUUGCCGUUGUGUUGUUUAUUGUUAUUGUUGUUAUUGACAUUAUGUUCUAAUCUAUGUUUUUUUUUUUAUCUUUGUAUGGUCUCUGUUUGAUCAUUUGAGUGUUAAUGAGGUUUUCAGGAAGUACAUACUGCUAAUGCAGUUGAAAUAAGUAUAACAUCAUCCAGGUACAUGCCAUCUGCUGUGGCUCUAUUUUACCCACCAAAAUGUGCUCUGUCUGCAGUGUAAAAUUGGCAAUAUGGGGUGAGCUUGACCAGUAUAUUUGUACAUGUUCAGUUUGUUCAGAGGUUGUGGACACAUCAUGUACAUAGUUGGUGGAUUCACUGUGAUUCUCUAUGGUAAAAUCCUUACAGAAAGACCCAGUCUCCCCAGAAAGUUGAAUGUUAACUGUACUUACCUACUAAUGUAAAAUGCAUUGUGUAAAUGUGAAUUUCUUAGAGUUGUUAUAAGACAUACACUAUAAAAUUAAAAUAAAGCAAAGCUAAUUGAAAC